AUGGCGUUUAUUUGUGUGUCUGCAUGUGAAGUUUGACAGCUUCCUGUUUCAUUAGUCAUGUAAAUUAGACGCAGGGAAAUGGCACUCGGGUCAUUUCACAUGUUGCCGGGUGUGAUGAAAUAAAUAGUUUUUAUCCUCAACGCGCAAAGGAGGUUGGAUGUGAUUUUGGUAAAGGUUUAAAAUGCGAUUUUAAUUCAUCUAUGCAGCAGGAAUCAAAGACUAAUGUUUAGAAUUUUCAAAUAAGUUUACGAUAUUUGUUGUUGUCGUUGCGCGUACAGUUUCUGAAGCUUAUUUUGCAGAAAUGCAGCUUGAAUUAGAGGUGCUUGCUCAUGAUGUUUGGGCUUUUUGAUGCAGUCAACCACGAUCUUCUUGCAUUUAACAGAAUUUGUUUUCAUCCUUCACCUGCAUCUUGCUUUUGGCUAAGCCUUUAUUUUCCCUUCAGUUUAUCUGAGAGGAUCCAAAACGCAUACAAUUUAACAGUUCUUAGUUCAAUGAAAGUCUGCACUGAUAGUACGUGGUUUGUAUGUCGUCCCCUCGCCCCUCUCGUGUUGCCAAACUUGAUAUAAAAAGCUCCACUGUAUUCGACGAAGAAUAAAUGUGUUCUGCUCUAUCGCACAUAUGCAAAGUCUGGCAAAAGAAGUUCAGUUUUCAUAGCUGUUUUCAGCUGCCUGGAGAUGAGGCCAACUGAACAAAGACAGUAUUUCACUGCUGGCUGACAGGCAGCUGCGAAAGUAUUUACAGCCUUACUGCAAUGCGGCAAAAUGGACCCUGGAAGAGAGGGGCACGAGCAGAAGCCUGAGAAAAUUAGGCCGAAUGCACUCAGUGCUGUGCAGUUGGAUGAUGAGCAAAGCUUAAAUGAUUUUUGCCAUGUGUUUGUUUUUGUUUAAUUGUGCAGAGCAUUGUAUGACCACAGGCCCCGCACAGAUUUAAGCAGAUGGAUGGAUGUGGUUAUGCCUUCUCACAUUUACUCAAAUGCUACCAGACAAGCAGCCAUUUAUGAGACAUGUGAAUAUUGUUGUGAGACACAGUGGGAGAUUCUUUAAGUUACCCAGCAUUUAAAACCGCUGCAACGUAAUUAUAUAUUGUAUUAUAUUGUUUCAUCAUUUCAAAAUCAUUUAGACAAAAUGAUCCAUUCCUUUACAGACUUCUGCACCCCCACCAUGAGUAUAGUCAGCUUUAGAUCCGAAUAAUAACACUCACACUGCAAUCAUACCCAUCUACACAUUGCAUUCAGCUUUACAUUCACUCUUUUGUUUACAUUGAACGUACAGGAAUGCAAGAGGUGUGAACUAGUUUGAUAACAAUUUGGUAGACUAAUUCUUAAAAUUCGUUUUAUUUAUUUUAAGGACUUCCAGCUAAACCAAGGAGAAAACUCCAGCUUGCUCUAACAUAAUCUAACAUAAUCGACUACCUCCACCGUGACACAUAUGAUUAAGUCAUUAUUUGUUUGGCUGGGUGGAUAUUUUUUACAGUGGGGAAAAGUUGCCGUUAACGUGCCAGCAGAAGGCGCUGUUGCCCAAGGCUGAGCGCCUCUCCUUCCACCCGGGAGCCCUUCACGGGCAGGUUGCUGAGCUCUGUGAGUGGCUGAGGCGGGUAUCACGUGAUCCCGGUUCACUUUUGUGUCAGUAUGUUCGCCCCCCUCAUCAGAGUGCUUAAGAUAAAGCAAAGUCCGUUAUCAAGUGAGAUCGACCAUUAUGAUUGCGUGUUUAUGCGCUGGCCGCUGCUCAAGUGUCACACAGGCUCAUGUGUGCAUCACAUUGCUCCGGCAAACAGUUGUUUGUUGUGAUUAAUUACUGUGGGUGUUUUGUUACCAGAAAGUGUUAAAAUGAAGCGUUGAUCGACGUGUAGCCUCAGUUACAAGACAGAUUAAAGUGCGUCACGACCUCCUGGUGAUGAGUUGGAUGGUGCUGAUGAUGAGUAAACCUGGAGUUAAAAUGACUUUAUUCACAAAAAGUUCCAGAUAAACUAUGAGAUCCCAGUGGAAUAUAUAUUUUUAAAUACAUAUAUACAUGCAAAUAUGCAGUAGGAGCUGGGCGUGCAGGUAAAACGCACAGAAGGCCACAGGAUUCUAUUCUCAACCCAUCUCCGGAGUAAUGACUUUUAACGAUGUUGCACGUGUGUGUAAAAAGUGUCAAGCUCAGAUUUGGUGCCCCCCUCCACUUCACUUCUCAUACCUGCCCCCAAACUUCUGCAUUAUCAGCUGCAGCUCUCCGGUUUGGUCAGAAAGUGAGAGGAGGGGCAAAAAAAAAAAAAAAAAAAAAGUGCACCUCACCAUGGGAUUGGCCUGGAACAGUGACAUCAGUCCUAUUGUGGCAGGUUCACUGGGGAGAGAAAUGCACCCUGUGUGUUUUUUAUCAACACCCGAGGGGGCAACAAGCUCCAUUAAAAAAAAAAAAAAAAAAAAAAAAAAAGAUUCCACCACAUCUGUCCAGCGAGGAGGGAAAUGCGCUGGAAUUCUUUAAUUACAUAACUUGACAGCGGUUCAGCAGAGCCUGUUCACAAGUGCGCCCAUUUCCAAAGUUAAAUAAAACAUGUUUAUCCCUUUCCCGUUUCAAUCGUGGCAGUUAACCUCCCUGUCCCCUCUGCUUCCUCAUUUCUAAGAGUUUUCCGCAGUGCACAUGAGUGUAAUCGCCAUUAUUGAGUAAGUGCAACUUUGAGGAUUAUUUAUGGGCCUGCGCGGUGUUGUGAAUGGCUGUGGGGAAACACGUGAUGCCAUUAAAGUUUGUUUUAUGGCCUGGGACUUGACAAGCCAAAAUAUAAUUCUCAUUGUGUAUUAGUAAGACCGUCCAGAUGGGCUGGAAUCGAGCUUCUAUUGACAAGGAGCCCUGGACUGCGCAGACUUUUCGCUUCGGUUCGGAAUGGGUGCGUUUGUAGCGCGGUGCGCCGUGCGUUGCGGGCUCUGUGGUCGAGGAGAAAGCAGUGAUGAAUGCGUGAGGGAUAUAAAAGAGAUCUGCGCAGAUUUCGGUCACAGACUGGAGCAGCGGUGGGAAACAGCAAUCACGUGAAUAAACAACACCCAUGUCAUUGGAUACAGUUGCACUGGCGUAUUGGCUUUAAAUCUACAAAAUGCAGAAAGCAACGUACUACGAUAACUCUGGACUUUUUGGAGCCUACUCCUACCCCAAACCAGAUUCCUACAACUACGGCCCCGCACACCAGUCCUACACCACUUCUAACAUUGAUAGUGACUACCAGGUCCCAGUGUGUCCCAUUCAGACCUCUGCAGUCCGGCCACCGGCCCUCAAAGACAGUGACCUGAACGGGGACUGCAUGCGACAAAGCAGCAGUCAAAGCAACAGCAGCAGCAGCCAAGCGACUAGCAUUUCCGAGCAGCAGGCGCCUCCGCUGUCUGCAUCCUCCCCUAGCUCCAACAGCUCUGCGUCUCAGAAGAAGAAAUCCCCAUCAAGCAGCGCUUCCAAUGCGUCCACGCCGGUACUCACAAAGCAGAUAUUCCCCUGGAUGAAGGAGACCCGACAGAACGCAAAGCAGAAGGGCAACAACUGUGCCACUGCAGGUAGAGACCCUGAAGGUGGUGAGGUGAGUGAUGAGAAGAGCCCAGCAGGACCAGCCUCCAAAAGGGUCAGAACUGCAUACACGAGCGCGCAACUCGUGGAACUGGAGAAGGAGUUUCACUUUAACCGAUAUCUUUGUCGUCCUCGGAGAGUGGAAAUGGCAAAUCUUUUGAAUCUCACCGAGCGCCAAAUAAAGAUCUGGUUUCAAAACAGGAGGAUGAAAUACAAAAAGGACCAGAAGUCUAAAGGGCUUGCGCACUCCCCCCUGGGACACUCCCCGGACAGAAGCCCUCCGCUGAGUGGCCCAAAUCACAUUGGAUACUCUGGCCAGCUCCAAAACGUGAACAGCCUCAGCUAUGACGCGCCCUCGCCCCCGUCGUUCGCCAAGCCGCAGCAAAGCAUGUACGGUUUGGCCGCGUACACGGCGCCCUUGGGUGGCUGCAUCCCGCAGCAGAAGAGGUACCCGGGCUCCGAGUACGAACACCACGGCAUGCAGAGCAACGGCAGCUUUGCCAACGCCAAUUUGCAAGGCAGCCCCGUUUAUGUGGGUGGGAAUUUUGUUGAUUCCAUGCCAGCUUCGGGCCCCAUGUUCAACCUCGGCCACCUUCCCCACCCCUCAUCCACCAGCGUGGACUACAGCUGUGCCGCUCAGAUCCCAGGAAACCACCAUCAUGGACCCUGUGAUCCCCAUCCCACAUACACAGACCUCACUUCUCACCAAGCGUCUCAGGGAAGGAUUCAGGAAGCGCCUAAACUGACGCAUUUGUAAUAUGUGGUUUCGUGUGCGUGCGUGCGUGCGUGCGUGCGCGUGUGUGUAUGUAUGUGUGCCAAAAUUACUUUGCGCUCUUUUUUAUUACCUCACUAGUCUAAUAACUACACUCCGAGCGAGUCGUGUGUAUUAUUACAGUAUUAUUGAUAUUACUAUUAAUGCUAUUGUGUAAUUAUUUUCUAAAUAAUACAGCUUUGUCCAUUUCUCUUGAAUAUUUGGGGAUGCGCAGAGGCACGCUAGCCUGGUUGUCAAUAGUUCUCUUCUGUUUUGUUUAUUCUCAAGUGCAAUGCGCAAUUUUUUUGACUGAAUAUUUCAUGCCGUUACUUGAAGGUAAGUCUUGUAGAUCACGAACGUAGAAGCUCAUUCUUAGAGAGAAGGAUUUUUAGGGACAUUUUCGUCUGUUGCUUAGGAUCUCUUUUCCCUCACGGGCAUCCUAUUUAUUUAUUGUUUGUAAUCAUUUUUUUUUUUUUUUUUUUUUUGCAUAAUCUUUCAUACAAGCAUAUAGCCUAUUUAUUAUUUAAUUACUUUUGUAUUGCACAUUAUUUAUCGUUUAUAUGCGAGUAUUUAUACGUGUGGAGUUUGUUGUAAGAUUGGACAGAUCAGUGCACUUGGAAGCGUUGGCAAAACAGGGUUCGGAAAAUGCUAUGACUCGCAGUGUGUUGUUGGAACAAGAGCAUUUCUAAUUGUAAAUCUGGGACAAAUGGGGCAUUUUGUAGUGUAUAAACACCACUAUAUAUGUCCAUGGUUAAUCUUGUGUCAAACCUUAAGCAAAUCGUAGACUAUCGAAGUAUCAAAUAUUAUACACACCAGCAUGUCAUUUUGUGUAGUCCAUUGCUAUUUUUUAUUUGUCUUUCAUUGUUAUUCCAUUCAUUUCCAUAAAUUUAUGAAACCCUAAUGAUAUUGAAAUGUUAUAUUUUAUUGUGUUUAACAUUUUGUAAAUAAAGUGCUUAAACUUG